AUGAGUCAUGGGGUUGUAGCUCAGGCUAAAGAGAUUCAGAAACCUGCUAGGCAGAGCUAUUUUGAAACGUGUGGCAAGGACCAGAACGAGGCUGAUUCCACUGAAGUAUCUGCCAAACCAAAGAGAAGUUUUUAUGCUGCGAGGGAUUUGUACAAAUACCGACACCAGUACCCAAACUUCAAAGAUAUCCGAUAUCAAAAUGACUUGAGCAAUCUUCGUUUUUAUAAGAAUAAAAUUCCAUUUAAGCCUGAUGGUGUUUAUAUUGAAGAAGUUCUCAGUAAGUGGAAAGGAGAUUACGAGAAGCUGGAAUACAGCCACACCUACAUCCAAUGGCUUUUCCCCCUGAGAGAACAAGGCUUGAACUUUUAUGCUAAAGAACUAACUACGUAUGAAAUUGAGGAAUUCAAGAAAACAAAAGAGGCAAUUAGAAGAUUCCUCUUGGCUUAUAAAAUGAUGUUGGAAUUUUUUGGAAUAAAACUGGUAGAUAAAACUGGAAAUGUUGCUCGGGCUGUUAACUGGCAGGAAAGGUUUCAGCACCUGAACGAGUCUCAGCACAACUAUUUAAGGAUCACUCGUAUUCUGAAAAGCCUCGGCGAGCUUGGAUAUGAAAGUUUUAAAUCUCCUCUUGUAAAAUUUAUUCUUCAUGAGGCUCUUGUGGAAAAUACCAUCCCCAAUAUUAAACAGAGCGCACUGGAGUAUUUCGUGUACACAAUUAGAGACAGAAGGGAGAGGAGAAGACUCCUGCGGUUCGCCCAGAAACAUUACACGCCCUCGGAGAAUUUUAUCUGGGGACCACCCAGGAGGGAACAGCCCGAGGGCAGCAAAGCCUCGAAGACCCCCGCCCCGCCCACCUCGGGGCAUCACAGCCAGACGUCUAUGCACAGAAAACCCAAGGACUCCAGAAAUCCCUCUGCAGCUGGGCGUGGAAAUAGCAAAGCUGCCGGAGACAAGAAAGUGGCGCCUAGGGAGCCGGGGGAGGAGACAGACUGGCCCAGCUCAGAGGCCGGCAGCAGCGAGGCUGCCAGGCCAGGAGACCCAGAGAGAGAGGGUGAUGCCGACAAUUCCAGUCCUCAACCAGAAGAGACAGUUGCGCAUGCGCUGGAGAAAAAGGAGCGUGCGUCUCCCUCUGAAAAAGAUGAAGAGCGUGAAAACGGUAACAAGGACUGUGAAAGUCCCGGAGAGACAGGUUCCCACGAUGACGCACUCUCACGGUGA